AUGUUCGUUGUUGGUGUAAUUCUGGGUGCGGUGUGGUAUGCCACGGCGGCGGAUACGAAGAGCAACGAAGAAGUUGCCAGAGAUAAGCAAAUUGUCAAGCUGCAGAUCGAACGCCGCGAUACUUUAAGACAAAUGCUCAAGGCCACGAAAGCCAGUUACGAAGCCGGUACGACGACCGUUCAGGCUGUGUUGAGUGCAUAUCAAGUCGAAUUGGAUGCAGAGUUGGCGGUGGCCGACGAUAAUGCUCACCGGGCACGCAUCCUGGAAGAACAGGUGAAUAGCUUGGUGGCGUUCGAAGACCGAAUCGUGAGUUUGCACAGGCAGCGAGCCCAUGGCGGGGGCAUCGAAGCGCUGCUAGCCACGCACGCGGCUCGCCUUCAGGCUCGAGUUCGGUUUAUGCAACAGAUUCAACCGGACCUGCUUUGGAUUGGGAAUGCCGGGGAUCUGCGUGAUCCAAGUGCGCUGCACCGCUUAGGAAUUGUGGCAGCUGUGGAUGUCGCAUUUGAAGAACCGAUUCCCAAAUUGUCACGAGAGUUGAUCUACUGCCGCUUUCCGCUCAUUGAUGGUGGUGGAAACGAUCGCUCGGUCUUGCUGCAGGCUAUUCGGACUACGUCUGAAUUGAUUACCGCGGGAAAGAAGACGCUUGUUGCCUGUAGUGCAGGAAUGUCGCGAUCACCCUCGAUCGCUGUGUUUGCACUGGCAAGUUUCCUCAAGAAAGAUCCCUCAGAACUGGCAACAGAGCUCUCUAAUGAGGCGGCACUUGAGCUGAACGGCAGCCUGUGGAAAGAGCUCGCGGAGGUAUAUCCGACAACCGUGUCUGCUGGCAAUCUUUCGGUCAAUCAUCUGAUCGACGAAUUCGCGAAGCUGCCGGGCAUUGGCAAGAAAACUGCUGAGCGACUGGCCUAUCAUGUGCUUCGCGUGCAUGCCAACGAAGCAUUGGCACUCGCUGAUGCAAUUCGGCAGGUAAAAGAAAAUGUCCGCCAUUGCAGAGAUUGCUAUAAUUUGGCCGAGGGCGAACUGUGCGACGUUUGCCAGGACCCCGCUCGCGACCGCACGCUGUUGUGUGUGGUCGAGCAACCCCGCGAUUUGAUGUCCAUCGAACAGGCGGGCGCCUAUCGUGGGCUGUACCACGUGUUGUUGGGGCGAAUUGCACCGUUGGAAGGAAUUGGGCCCGAGGAUCUGACGAUUGCCGGGCUUGUAAAGCGGGUGCAGACGGGGGCGUUUCGUGAGAUAAUCAUGGCGACCAAUCCCACCAUCGAAGGUGACGGCACAGCCCUGCAUAUCAGCAGCCUUUUGGGGGAGACGGACGUCGAAAUCACACGAUUGGCGCGAGGGUUAACCACCGGUAGUGUGCUAGAAUUCGCUAAUAGAGAGAUGGUGGCAGACGCCAUGACCGGGCGGCAGAAAUUUUAG